UUGGGCUGAGAAGCAUCAUCCACCAUGCUCUCAGGCGUCUCCAUGGCCUCGCGCGCCGGCGCUCGCCGUGUUGUUCGACAAUCCGCCUCACUUCUCCCUUCCUUAAGCCCGAUCCGAUGCCUCGCCGGCCGACAGAACAGCCUCCCCACGGCUGCUAUGGGCAUGAGCCAGCGACGACUGUAUGCCAUCGCCACGAAUCCCAACCCCAAUCCUCCCCUCGGCAAGAAGAAUGCCACAAACGAAACCCCGUCUCGAAUUGGCCUGAUUGGAGCCCGAGGUUACACUGGCCAAGCUCUGGUUGAGCUCCUCAACGAGCACCCUUACAUGGACCUUCGACACGUGUCGUCUCGAGAGCUUGCUGGCCAAGAACUCAAGGAAUAUACCAAGCGCAAGGUCAUCUACGAAACAUUGUCGCCCGAGGAUGUUGCUCAGCUGGACAAGGACGGCGCGGUGGACUGCUGGAUUAUGGCUCUUCCCAAUGGCGUUUGCAAGCCCUACGUUGAGGCCCUGGACCGGGGAAACAGCAAAAGCGUCAUCGUUGAUCUCUCGGCUGACUUUCGAUUCGAUGACAAGUGGACGUAUGGCCUCCCUGAACUUGUAAAACGUUCCGACAUUGCACAGUCCAGGCGCAUCGCGAAUCCCGGAUGCUACGCCACUGGUGCUCAGAUAGGACUCAGCGGCGCUCUCGACUUGAUCGAGGGGAUGCCCGUCAUCUUCGGCUGCUCAGGCUACUCUGGAGCAGGUUCCAAGCCAAAUGCAAGGAACAAUGUGGAAGUGCUUAAAAACGCCAUCAUACCUUACUCACUAACGUCGCAUAUCCACGAACGCGAGAUUUCCCAUCAACUAAACCAUCAGGUUGCCUUUAUGCCUCACGUGGCUGGAUGGUUUAGGGGCAUCACGUUGACUAUAAACAUACCUCUCCGUAAGGAAGUGACUUCACGAGAAAUCACCCAGAUGUACCAGGACCGCUACGCCGGCGAGAAACUCAUCAAGGUAGUGGGAGAAGCACCAUUGGUGAGCGCGAUUACGGGACGCCAUGGAGUAGAGAUCGGAGGCUUCGCCGUCGACCCCUCUGGAAAGCGCCUGGUUGUCGUGGCUACGAUCGACAAUUUAGCCAAGGGCGCUUCGACUCAGUGUUUGCAAAACAUGAAUCUCGCACUUGGCUAUGCAGAGUAUGAGGGAAUUCCUCCCAUGUGAGAGCAUUAGCUAGAGCCAGAUUAGAUGAUCUGUUCUUAAUAGGAGUGGUUUGGAUGUUAGGUUGAAAUCGCUGGUAUCAAAGGCCUCAUACUGGAUAGACCUCACAAAUGUCUUUGGUUUCCGGCUUUCAGUAUCAUCCGGCGCAAUGCUUCUUAUAUCCGAGCUGGAAAUACGCUCAAACAGACUUCACUAAAGGGGCGGGAAAGGGGGCCCAGGGACUUGAGUGUGUCACCUUGGUCUCGCAUCCUAUGUUGGGCAGCUGCAAAGCCACAUAUGAAGCAGAAGACAUAUCAACAAAUAUUCAAUCAAGACAGACCAGAUAAGCAGACAUAAACACAGUAGAAAUAAGUUCAGAUGAUACAAGGUCCAUUGAAGUCACGUCGAUCUUUUGGUUCACCGGACUACCAGCUGUGGCAACAUGCAACGUAAUGUACGCAAUUUCAACUCCUUUGGCG